GGGGGGGGGCUGGGCUCCUGGGAACAGGUAACACCGAGCUGGCCAUCCGUCUGAGCCAGACGUCAGGCCGGAGGCGAGAUCCCCGGUGACAGAAUGGAUUCCCGAAGCUCUGACCUGCUGGACGCGUGGCUGGAGUCCCCAGAUGUUUUUUCAGCAGGAACCUUCCCGGAGCUGGGACUGCACGGCCCACCUCCAGAGGCCCCGGGGACUAAGCUCCAAGAACAGGGGCUGCCAGGCUGGGAGCCCAGUGGGGGCCAUGGCUGUGGCCUUCGAGACAGUGAGCCCGAAGACUUCCUGAAGCUUCUCAUUGAUCCCAAUGAAGUGUACUGCUCAGAAGUCUCUGCUGGCAGCGACAGUGGCACCUCCCAGGACCCCGGCCAUCCAGACAGUCCUCCUGCCCUCCAAGCACCCAGUUCCCCUGCUCUCUACGAGGUUGUCUAUGAGGCAGGGGCCCUGGAGAGGGCGCAGGGGGAAGCUGGGCCAGCUGUAGGCUUCAUCUCUCUCCAGCUAGGCCAGUGGAGCCCACAACUUCUGGUGCCGGAUGCCUGCGUGGUCUGCGAGCUGCCCCUUGAUGCUCAUGUCGACACCCUGCCCAGGGCAGGCACUGCCACCCCAGUGCCUCCUGCGGCCCCGCUGCCGGGUCAGACCUUGUUCCUGACAGAUGAGGAGAAGCGUCUCCUGGGGCAGGAGGGGGUCUCCCUGCCCGCUCACCUGCCCCUCACCAAGGCAGAGGAGAGGGUCCUCAAGAAGGUCAGGAGGAAGAUCCGUAACAAGCAGUCGGCUCAGGACAGUCGGCAGCGGAAGAAAGAGUACAUCGACGGGCUAGAGAGCAGGGCCGCUGCCUGCUCUGCGCAGAACCAGGAACUGCAGAGAAAAGUCCAGGAGCUAGAGAGGCGCAACCUCUCGCUGGUUGCUCAGCUCCGGCAGCUGCAGCUGCUCGUGGCCCGGACCUCCAACAAAGCCGCCCAGACCAGCACUUGUGUUCUGAUCCUUCUUUUUUCCCUGGCUCUCAUCAUCCUGCCCAGUGUCAGCCCCUUUCGGCGUCUCCGGGAAGCUGGGCCUGAGGAUUACCAGCCUCACAGAGUAACUUCCAGAAAUAUCCUGACUCACAAGGACAUGUCAGAAAGUUUGGAGACCACAGCAGUAGAGUCCAGACUGGGGGGGCCACCGAAGGCCAAGGGUGCAAAUGGCUCAACAAGGACACUGUUUGAGAAGAUGGGAGGGAAGACAGGCCCCAGCGGGCACGCGGGAGCCGUCCUGCGUGCAGAGAUGUGAGCUGGAGAGCUUCCGCCCACAAUCAGGAAUCCAGAGUCCCUCCUGGCUCUGCUGCCCCCUGAGUUUCCCAUUCAGAGUUCCUUGGCCUCAGGGGUCUGAAUUCAUUCCUGGAUGUCCUAAAUGUCUGUCUGUACCCCGAGGCCCAGGCUAUGUGAGGAGGCAUUUCGGGUACUUGAUACAUCCACAACUUUAUUUCCUCUUUGGGGCUAAGGUUGAGGGGAAACCGAGGUUUUGGCUGAGAAAUAAACUUUUUUUGCUGAAACUGUA